CUUAUUGUUGGUUGUUUAUUUUCCAGAAAAAAAAGUAGUGGUUUCUAACAUAACAAGAAGAAAACGCAACUGUAGAUGUGUAUAUUCUAAUAUAGUAAUGUAUAAAUCAACAUACCGGGAAGUACAACACGUAUGUAUAACAGCACACGCAUCGGCACACACACACAAGAACACCUUGCAUUCCAUUCCAUAUGAAACCUUGAUUUACUCUUAACCGUCUCAUAUAUAUAUGGACAGGAUGUGUUGAAUAACACUCUCGAUUAUUCUACAGAUCCUUCAAAGUUGAACAAGAAACAUUCAUCCAGGAGAAUAAAUGGAUAUUUUGAAGAAAAUACAAGAGGAUUGGUGGAUUUUGCUUAUUGUCCUAAUAAGCUUGUGGCUGAAGUUGAAAGUCAUGAAGUUAUUGGGUAUCCUGCUAAAAUACACUGUGGGGAAAUUUUGUUGCUCCAAGAGGAAGUAUUUGAGACGUGCUGGUCAAUGGGCAAUAGUUACUGGUGCAUCAUCUGGAAUCGGUAAAGCCUAUGCAGACGAAUUAGCUAAAGAUGGUUUAAAUAUUAUGCUGAUUGGUAACGAUGAGCAACAACUGUUUUCGGUUGCCGACGAAUUGUGUAAGAAAUAUAAAAUCGAAACUAAAAUUGUUGUCGCUGAUUUUACAAAUGAUAAUGUAUAUGAUAUAAUUGAACCUGAAAUUGAGAAACUCCCCUCCAUCGCCUGUUUAGUCAAUAAUGUUGGAAUGAUGGGGGAAACAGGUUUAUUCAUAUCAUCAAAAGAUUCAAAUAGUAAGGACUUCAUCAAAAAUAUCAUCCAUUGUAAUGCACUGUCAACAACGACAAUGACACGUAUAGUAAUGCCCAAAAUGUUAUCACAAAAGAAACCCAACCCAGCUAUUAUCAAUAUUGCAUCCUAUUCCGGUGUCAAAGUCUUUCCUUAUAUUGCAAUGUAUGCAGCAACAAAAGCCUUUGUUAUUCAAUUCUCUAGAUCUAUCAUAGCAGAAGACUAUAAGAAAAAGAUUGUAAUACAAACUGUCUGUCCACUACUUGUUGCUACACCGAUGACAAAGAUUGACCAGCCAACAUAUUUCAUACCGACUGCAGAAACAUAUGUGAAAAGUGCAUUGGACAUGUUAGGCGUAGAAAGCUUCACCUAUGGUUACAUUCGUCAUGAUUUGAAGGCAUUUUUAUUCGAUCUAUUGCCACAACCAAUUUGGAUAGCAUUGACGAAGGCUAGAGUGAAAUCAAUGAAAAAGAAUCAAAAGUGAACAUCAACUAGUUAAACAAACAUUUUUCAACAUUGAAAAUUUAACGCUUGAGUUACAUACUAGACAAAUAUGACAGUCAUCUUGUAUUAAAUUUUAUUUAACUUGAAAUAUUUACACUAAAUUGUAAUACAUUCAUACUAUAAAUCCUA